AUGACCAUGAUCAUGACUAAGUCUAAAACCAGAACCAUGAUUAGGGUCAGAACCAAGACUAAAAUCCGGACCACGAAUAAGAGAAGGACCAGUUCCUAGGUUAAAAAGGAGAUUACGACCAGCACUAGCAGCAAGGCUAACAUGCGGAUCAAAGCCUGCUUGGGUUAGGGAAAAGGCUAAGGCUAGGACACUUGCUAUGGCUAUGGCUAUGGCUAAAGCUAUGGCUAUGGCUAUGGCUAUGGCUAUGGCUAUGGCUAUGGCUAAAGCUAUGGCUAUGGCUAUGGCUAUGGCUAAAGCUAUGGCUAUGGCUAUGGCUAUGGCUAUGGCUAUGGCUAUGGCUAUGGCUAUGGCUAUGGCUAUUUAUGUUUGA